UUGGCAACAUGAAAAGCAAAACCAUCGGUUUUCCUUAUUUUCAUUUGUUUUCUUUUUUUCCUAAGCAUCACCAGUGAACCCUUUUAUUUUUCUUUUCCAAACAUGAAAAGCAAAACCAUCUGGUUCUGCAUCAGAGGGAUAAAAAACAAGAGUAAGGAAAAGAAGGUGGAAGAUUUGGGGAGAGUCUCCAAUCAUGUGAAGCCUGAUCACAAGGGAAGAACUAAAGGAAGUGCUUCAACAGUUCCUGUUGGUGAUGGUGGUGGUGGUAUCAAUGUUCAUGGAAGCAACACAAUUGGUAGCAUUGAUUCAGGAGUAACUACUGCUGUGGUGGCUGCAACUCAUUUGUCUAUGAUGAGUGUCACUACCAAUGAAGGUCAAGAUGGAAUUAGUCAUGAUCAUGGAGGUGAAUCUGGGGCUCAUGCUGCUGAGGGUUGAUAUUUGUUUGGAUAAAUUUUUUCGGAUGUAUUACUAUAAAAAAAAAAUAAAAAAGAAAAAAAAUGAACCUUUUUAUAAUUAAAAAUUUAAAAUAAACUUAUAUAAGUUGAAAAUAAAUUUUUAGUGAAAAUAAUACGAGAACAUUCUUAUAAAGUUUAUACAUAAACUAAUUUUAAUUUAUAGAGAAAUUAAUUUCAUUUUUUCUUCUUAUAAGUGCAUUCGAAAAAAUCUAUUGGAGCAAAUUCUAUGUAAUACUCAAAUAUUUUGUUAACAAGAGAAUUCAGAUUCAACUCUUGAGAUGUUUCUGGUGUCAUUCUUUAAUUAUAACUUUUAUAAUUUUAAUUUUGAUCCCAAAAAAAUUACAAAAAAAUAUAUUAACAACUGCUUCUAAGUUUUAUCUUUCUAUAAAUUAAUGGUUGUCUCCCUCCCUUGCUUUGCAUGUUUAAUUGUAAUGCUUGAUUGGUUCCUGUGGAUUUGUUUAUUAUAUGUUAGGAGUAAGACUAAGAAUCUGGGGAAAACAUGGUUUUGCAUUGCAAUUUCUUGCCUAUUUCUCUUUUGUUAGUUUUCUAUGGUUGCAUUAGAUCUCAAUUUGGUGGAGCCAUAAGUUCCUUAUCUACUUUUCACAUCAACACUGACAAUAAUAUGAAGCAUCUUUCUGAUUGGACUUUAAGAAUUGGACCUAAUUGCUCAAAAAUUAUUGAGGGUGACAUUGUU